AUGACGAUCAACAACAACAAUAACCAUUAUCUCAGAAAAGUUCGAAUUGAUUUUAAUCGUCGCCUUUAUCUUGCAUUAUUACCAACAGUUGGUAAUAUACCAUUUCGUCGUAUUUGUAAAGAAUAUGAUGGUUGUGAAAUAACUUGUGAUGAAAUAGCAAUGAUAACAUCCUUACUUCAGAGACAAUUAUCUGAAUUUGCUUUAUUAAGUUGCCAUCCAACUGAAACUAUAUUUGAUAUACAACUUUGUUGUGGUUCAUUUUUUGAUACAAUGACACAAACAAUUCAAAUUCUUAAAGAAAAUUUUGAUUAUGAUUUUAUUGAUAAAAAUUGUGCAUAUCCAAUUGAUCUUGUUUAUAAAUAA